AUGAGGGGUAACGAUAAGAAAGGAGGAGGAGGAGGAGGAGGAGCCUCCUCUUCCUCUCAACAACAACAACAUAUCAGGGCGGGUCCUAGUUGGGCUGAUGCUGCUUAUGAUGAUGAUGACGAUGAUGAUGAUGAUCUACUAUUACUACCUACCGAAACUACUAAACAUAGUGUAUGGAGUGAUAAGGUUGUGGAUACAUCAAGAACAUCAUCUUCCAAACAGCCUGAACAUGGUAGUAGUGAUGGAGGACGAUCUCGACCACUACGAGGAUCUAUUGGUCCUGAUACUAAGGGAGUGGAUCUAAGGAGGAUGCAUGCUGAUAUGGCGCUUAAAGCGAGUGAAAGGAAGAUGGCGAAGAUGAAGGAAGAGGAGAGAGAGGAGGAGGAACGACGGCGACGAUGUGCUGAAAAGUUAAGGGAACUAGAUCAACGCAAGAAGGCUGCUGCUGCUGCUGGACCACCUGAGCAGAAGAAGAAGGCUACUACUGUAGAGAAGCCUUAUCGUGGUGGUGGUGGUGGUGGAGGGAAGAAGAAGAAGGAAGUGGAUGGUGUUGGGGUCAAGGAUGAAGAGGAGGAGAAGGUGGACGACAACAACGACAACUAUCUGCCCAUGCUGCUGAGUUCAUACCAAGGGGAUCCUCUGUAUGCCUUCCCCUACUCCAAUACCAGCAACAGGGUAUUCCCCGUACCCUAUACCUUAUCAUCAUCAUCAACAACAAUAUCAAGCUGCUGCUAUGUCACCAUCACCACAACAACAACGUAUUAUAAUAAUACUACAGUAGCAUCCCCUCCUCAAAAAAUGGAAGGCGGUGUUAAUGAUGAUGAUCAUCAUCAGAAUGUGGCAGUGAUGGUAGAUGAGGAGGAGCAACAACAACAACAUCAUGGUAGAUCCACUGGUGGACCUAUACAAGAUCAAUUCGGUCGUAGAAUAGGUCUUGCUAUAGCUGAUGAUGCACAUAUCUAUCAGAGAUAUCCCCUCCUAAAUGGAGAGGAUGAUAGUACUACUAGUACCAAUACGUCGUCAUGGUGGCCAUUGCUGAUAGGAGUUGCUGUAUUCCCUGGAAUACUACAACUAAUACUCAUAUACUUCCUACCAGAAUCCCCUAGAUGGUUAAUAUCAACAGCUACUACCAAGACUAGGGAACAUAAAAUGGAACAGUUUAAUAACGUUAUUAAUAGAUUGGGGUAUAAUAGUGAUGAUGAUGAGAUAGAGGGUAUGCUUAAGGAUACUACUCUUAUUAGUGAUAAUGCUACUACUACUACUACUGAUCAUCAUGAUAAUCAAGUUAUUAUUAUUAAGCAUGAUGAUAACCCAAUAUAUCGUUUGAGAUAUGCUAUUCAUCAUCAUUUAAGAGGAUUAAUACUAACUAUAUUGGUAUGUACUACAGCAUCAGCAUGUGGAUUCUAUGCAUUCCAAUCAUAUGCUGCUGAUGUUAUAUCCUUACUAACUGAUAAAAGUCUACAUUAUGUACAAGUACAUUAUCUACCCUAUGUAGGGUUGAUGAAACUACUUGUAUCGAUAUUUGGUAUAGCCCUAGCUGAAGGUAUUCUAGCUAUACUUCUACAAUUACCCAAUAAUAUACUACUCCCACCUAGUAUACCAAUAAUCCUAUUCUAUAUGGUUAUAUUCUGUUGGAGUCUAGGCCUUGGUCCAAUACUCCUAAUGGCUGCUAAUGAGUACAUGCCUACCUAUACUAGAGGUGUUGGUAAUAGUGUUGCACUUACCUUCACAUCUAUAUUUGAGAUACUCUAUCAACAGACCUUUGAGUUGAUGCUAUAUGAGAGCCUUACUCCAUCUCUACCCUUUUAUAUAUUCUCUAUCACAUGUGUGGUAGUAUUUAUUAUAUUAUGGAGAUUAUUACCCGAGACUAAGGGUCUAUCACUAGAGGAUGCUAGUAGUAAUGCUACUACUACUAGUACUACUAUCAACAACCAAACAACGACCAGGGAUGACAAUAAGAACAUAAACAAGGAUGAGGGAAGUAUCGUUGAUGAUGCUGAUGAUGAUGAUAUAGAAGAGGUAGAUGGCAGUGUAAGGAUAACAUCUACUAAUAGACUAGGCACCUUUGACAAUAAUAACACCACCACCGCCACGUAA